UUAAAUUUAUUUGUAAAGGGCUGUUACUGCACCAAUAUUUUGGGAAUAAAACUGAAUAUGUCUGUAUCGUUGUGUGAUCCUGCUAAUGAUGAAACAAACGCUGAGACAAACGAACCCAGUGAGCAAAUAAUCGAUCAUUGUGACGUAUUGUCGCAAAACAUUGGAGCACUAGUUAUGAAUCCUGAUUUCAAAGAUGUGACAUUCGUGGUUCAUGGUAAAGAAUUUCCAGCACAUAGGGUUAUUCUAGCUGCAAGAAGUUCAUAUUUUAGAGGUCUUCUGUAUGGUGGUAUGAGGGAGUCUACACCAGACUCAGUGAUCCCUAUAUAUGAUGUUGGUGCUUCAGCAUUUGAGGUUUUGCUGCAAUAUAUUUACACAGGAAAGCUUAAGCUGAGUGACAUUAAAGAGUCUCAUGUGAUAGAAGUUCUAGCUUUGGCGAAUAAGUUUGGUUUCGAAGAAUUGGAGAAAUCGAUUUCUUUCCAUCUACGAACUUCACUAAGUUUGUCGAAUGCUUGUCUCAUAUUCGAUGUCGCUCUGCUUUAUUCAUUAACGGAUCUAUACACAGCAACUGCUGAGUUUAUAGAUAGAAACGCACAAGCUCUUCUAUGCAGCGAUGAUUUCCUUAACAUGUCCCUUGAUGCGACCUGUCAUAUAUUGAAACGCGAUUCUCUCUGUGUGCCCGAGAAAACCAUCUUCAAAGCUGUCCAGAUGUGGUGUGAAGUAAACCAGGCCGCUCAACUUACCGACGACAACGAAGAAGCGGUCAAGAAAUGUCGAGACACACUGCUGUCUGUUGUGAGACUACCGUUAAUUUCUCUCCCAGAUUUGUUAAACGUUGUUCGACCGAGUUCGUUGAUUUCUUCCGAUGUUUUGUUGGACGCCAUUAAAGCUCAGACGGAGACAGGACAUCGGGAGCUGAGGUUUAGGGGAGUGUUGCGCAUCGAUGAGAAUAUCGCGACUGCCCAACAUGGGGCGCAAGUGGUGCAAGGUGAGAUGUGCGCAUCACUGCUUGACGGAGACUCGGGAAAUCAUGAUUUGGAUCGAGGUUACACGAGGCACGAUAUUAAUGAUGAGAAGAAUGGACCAAAGGAAAGGUGUAUUAAAGUUAAACUUGGCCAACCAUCCAUCAUCAACAGAAUAAAGCUGCUUCUAUGGGACAAAGACAACCGUUCUUAUUCAUAUUAUGUUGAAGUUUCUAUGGAUGACAAGGAAUGGACGCGCCUCAUUGAUUACUCAAAGUUCCUGUGCAGGUCGUGGCAGGAUUUACAUUUCACGCAGCGUGUUGUUCGUUAUAUACGCGUUGUGGGCACGCAUAGCUCACAGAAUAAGUUGUUCCACUUGGUGUCACUAGAGGCAAUGUUUACCUCGCUUGAAGUCAACUCCGUUAAUGGCAUUGUAGUUCCUCAAGGCAAUGUUGCAACUGUGGAUAAAUGUGCGUGUAUCAUUGAAGGCGUGAGUCGCGACCGCAACGCUCUCAUCAACGGAGACACGGAGUUGUACGACUGGGAUUCUGGAUACACGUGUCAUCAACUUGGUGUGGGCUCGAUUAUCAUCCAACUCGCACAACCAUACUUGUUAAGCUCCAUGCGUCUCUUGCUUUGGGAUAUUGACCAUCGUUGCUAUAGUUACUACAUCGAGGUAUCGGGAGAUCGAGAAAAUUGGACAAUCGUCGCCGACAAACGGAAGGAGGAAGUUAGAUCAUGGCAGGUUCUACAGUUCGACCAAAUUGCUGCAACUUUUAUCCGAAUAAUCGGGACGGCAAACACCGCGAAUGAAGUUUUCCACUGCGUUCACUUUGAAUGCCCGGCCACUGUCCAACUGUCAGAGUCUUCUGGUUCCGUUUCAGGGCAUUCCCCACCACUGGAUUCGGAUGAAAUUCUUGAAAGUUAAUUUUUAGGGUUUCUAUGGAACCAACUUACAAUAUUUCUAUGGAACAAAAUGUUUGUAAUUAAGAUAAAGGUUAAACUUCAACAAACAUUACUCUGUCUAUUACUAACAAUAAUGUUUCUUAUGUACAACAGAUGUUAAUCUUUCAAUGCUUUGGUGUUAGGUGUUUAUUUCUUAUAUGCUUCUCAACCUUUUGUGGUGGCCAUGUCAUCCUAAACCUUAAGUAUAAGUUAUAACCAAAUCUUUGCCAGUCUAAAUUUUAAAAAUAUAUAUAUAUAUACAUUACAUGCAAUUAUACCAAACAAUAUAAAUAUAUAUUUAAAUUUUACAAUGACACAGUGAACCAGUGUAGUAGGUUUGAUGAAACACCCAUGAGUUGGGAAACAUUAACCUCCAAUACAAAGUAAUUCAUCUUAUGUUUGUUCCAGUGUUUUAAAAAAAUUAAGUCAACAAAUUAAUUCACUAUCUGAUUAAUGUUGCCAAAUUUAAUUCACACUGUGACUGGAAGCAUUAGAAAUAUGAGUUGUAUAUAAAUAAAUACAUAAUUAUAUAUGGUUGAUGAGAUUAUUUUGCAAUAUUUUGUGUUCACAUAUCUUGUACAUAUCAUGAGCUAAACCUUCUAUUCAGUAACUUGUAACAUAUUUAAACAAAUUCGAAAAUUUGUUGUAAAAAUAUUAAAUAUAUAUUUGUAAGUUGUAAUCCAUUAUAUAUAAAUGAACCAGGGCACACUGUUGUGGUGGGGAAGUUUUACUGAUUAAUAUAUAUAUAUAUAUAUAUUUUAUAACAAAAUUCGACACAUUUUCUUAUAUACUUAGAAUAAAUUUGCAGAAACAAAUUAUAAGUCCCCUUGAGCAAGUAUCACACAUAUUUGUAAAACAGGAGUUAAUAAACCUUGUUGUUCUGCAAGAUUCAAGUGCACUGUGGUUCAUUGGUUUAAAACCUUUAACAAGGUUUUUUUUUUGAAUAUAUAUUAUAUUACAUUGGUCUCUUUCAUGCUUUUCUGUUAAUUGUUGCAAACCAAAAUAUUUUGUGUAAAUAUGAUUGAUUUUUCAUUUGUUUGUUAUAAAGUUCAAAACAUGUUACAAAGAAGCAAUGAAGUAAAUCCCAACUUUAUCAAAUAUUAUUUCUAUCAAACAACGAAACUAAAUUGUAAUAUUUUAAAAAGUUUCCCCUUGUAGUAUUUAGGUGUAAAAACCUCCAGGCUGAAUUUUUUGCAAGCCCAUUUCUGUGGCCGCAAUAUAUUUAUAUUUUUCUAUAAGUAUUGUUGAAACAGUUAUGUUUGUAAUCCAGCAUUAUAGUAAUCCUUAUUUUGAAUGUCAGUGGUUGUGGGGUUAAUAUGAUCUUUGAUGCACCAGUAGUUUUGCCACUGCUUGUCAAUGAUUUGAUCAACUUGCCUUAGUUUGUUUAUGCGCUUAUAAUUCUUUCAUAAAGUCUUCGUUUUUUUUUGCAGA